CCUGUAAGAACGGAAUCAACAAGAAGUCGGGACGGGAAACGCUUGCAGCUUGUGCUAUGAGACGCUUCCAUUGCAAAUUCGUUUGUCAUUUCUAGUUUCCCGACGCAGGUGUUUCCAGCGAUGGCUACCGUUCGAUUGAUAGCCAGUAGUAGCCAGCAGGUCGCCAGCAUCAACUCGCAGAUUCUUCUCGCGAAGCAUUCCAAACCAGUAACGCAAAUCCCCUAUUCUCGCAUUCAAGUUCGUUGCUCCGCCACGGACCCCUCGCCCAUAAACGGCCAUCGCAGCGCGAGCAGGGAGGCGCAGGCAGCGAAGGACGCCAUGGAGAUGCUGUGGCUCAAACACGACGGGCUGCACCAAUCCGACGGCUCACAGCUGUCCGCGUCUGGCGGCAGAUUCGACUACGACGAUGAGGGGGAGGACGGUAGCGAGGCGGGGUAUGGGCGAGGCGCUGAUGGUGGGUUCACUGCGGAGAGCGCGAGGUCGCUGCUGGAGGAGCUUGAGCUGGAGGCCGAGGAGGAAUCCAAACAGGCGUUAAGCAUUGUGGACCGUGUGCUGUGGGUGGACAAGCGAGUGCGCGAUUACAUGACGGCCAACCCCAUCUGCCUGCACCGCGACAUGUCACUCAGGGAUGCCGCUCAGAUCUUCCUGCGCUAUCGCAUCAGCGGGGCGCCGGUGGUUGAGGCGUACGAGGAGGAGGACGGGGUGGGGCUGGGCAAGGUGGUGGGCGUACUGUCGCAGCGCGACAUCAUGUGGAAGGAGCUCAAGACGCACAACAUGGCAGAGGAGGAGUUUCUGCGGCGCCUGGCCAACUACCAGGACCAACUGAAUCAGGGGCCUCGUGUGGAGAAACUCAGGCAGCACCUGAGGAAGGCUGCAUCGCUGAGGGUGGAAGAAUCGAUGACGGACACAGUACUGCAGGUGGAGGAGGAUUCGUUCAUGGUGGAUGCCACAGAGAUCAUGCUCAACUGCAAUGUGUCUCGCCUGCCGGUGGUUGCUCGUCUGCCUGAUGGCCGCAAGACGCUCAUUGGCAUCAUCACCUGCAGCGACAUUCUCCGGCACACACUGCUGCUGCUCUAGAGACAUCCUGCCACUUUAUUAGGCAUGCCAUGGUGCUGCUCUAGCUGCCCACAUGCACACGCCACUACGGUAUUGCUCUAGCUUUACACGCACCCGCUGCUGUAAGAAAGCUCCAGCCACACUCGCCUACCUGAUCGCUGUCGCACUCUCAUCGGCAUCAUCACCGGCGGCGUGGUUUCGGCACACACCUGCUGUUUCAGAUACAGCCUGCUACUGCCUUGACUGUAUAGACAGCAGCAGCACAUUCCCACUGCUGCUUUCAGCCACUUCACAGAAGGAGCAACAUCCGGUAAUCCCUAAACCCAUAAUGGGUAACCAGUGUUAAAUUAUAUUGGUUAAAUAUAAUUGUAGGCUUGGUAGGCAUUACUGAAACCUACUGUAGAGGGUACAGCUCCCUCCUUGUAUCCCCCUCACUUCUAAUCUCGCGCUCUUUUCUCUCGACAACUUCUCAUAGCCUAAAACCUCUCGC